AGUCGCUGCCGGCCAAGAAGCGGCGCGCCACGGCCUCGUCACUGCUGGUGAUGGCGGCGAACUCGGAGCACAGCACCUUCCUCCGCUUGGCGACGUGUAGCGCCUCCUCAUCCUCCUGCUCCCGCUUGUGCUCCGCCGGCGGCGGGCUCGGCGCCGCCUCGGCCCGCUCCUCCAUGGCUGCGGCGGAAGGCGGGGAGUGGCGCCGCCCGCCGGGGUUGCCGUUCCGGGGCGCGGGCGGGCGGGCGGCGGCCAGCGGGGCGGCAGCAUGGGGCUCACGGUAGAGAGCCUGAAGGAGGCUAUGAAGUACAUGGUGGAGUCGAAGGGCUUCGACCGAGUGCUCGGCAAGAUGAAACUUCACUCUGCAACUCCUGGAAAAGUUGUUUGUGAAAUGAAAGUAGAGGAGGAGCAUACAAACAGAGGGGGCACAUUACAUGGAGGUUUGACAGCCACCCUUGUGGAUGUGGUGUCAACAGCAGCAUUGCUGUACACAGAAAGAGCAGCGCCUGGGGUCAGUGUGGACAUGAACAUCACAUACACUUCUGCUGCUAAGAUUGGAGAAGAUAUACUGAUUACAGCUCAGAUUUUGAAGCAAGGAAAAACUCUUGCAUUUGCCACUGUGGAUUUGACAAAUAAGGCUACAGGAAAGUUAAUUGCACAAGGUAGACAUACAAAGUUCUUGGGAAAUUAAUAUGAAAAAGUAUUUUAAAUAAGAAUGUUGGACUUCAGAAUCCCAUUUAGAAUUAUUUUCUCACUUAUGCAAUAUCAUCUGCACAAAGUUGUGAUAGUCUCUAUCAAGUGAAUUUGUCUCACUUCUGUAAUAAAUGAACAGAUUUCUUAAUUACCACCAGUAUUGCUACAAGCCUGGGUUUGGGUGAACAACAGAGUGUGACAGCACAGGGAGGCACCUGGCUUUUUUUGGUCAAGAUAGGAGAAGGGAAGAGCCUUUGGACCAGCCAUAUGGUUAACCAGCAUGACAGCAUUUUAAGAGAUCUGCUUUCUCUACCUGCGGCAUCAUGUGACAAAGCAACCCUGUCUUCAGGCCUGUCACUGUCACACUCAAACACCACUAGAAGUGCUUCCCAGCUGUACUUGUUCCCUGAGGUGGUAGUACAGAGUUCCUGUAACAUCGUCCUGAACUGGUUUGAAAGCGUAAAGCAGGCUAAUACAACAUGUAAUUAACCGAUGCUGUAAUAAAUUAAGAAGUAUUCAAUAAAGCUUUCUGAAACUACCUUUUUAAA